AUGUUACUGGUAGAUCUUCCAGUAGAGGUCAUCCAGCAAGUCGUCGGGCAUCUGCCAACAGCGUCCUCCAUUCUUAAUCUAGGGUUGACAACCCACAAGCUCCACGACAUCAUAUCUGAGGACAACUACUCUGUGUUUCGCACUUUUCUUCAGAGGGCAUUCCCGACCAUCGCAACCCCUCCCCUGUGGCGGGAUGCUGCUCAAUGCUUGACAUCACGGUCUCGAGCAUGGGACCGAAGAGCGUUCAUUGCAAGAGAGUGUUGCCCACCACCCGAAGAGUUUGCUUGGGCGGAGGAUGGACCAAUCUACAACACCAUAGGCUAUCAGCCUAGCAUUGAUAGCUAUGAAACCUGGCACGGUCAAUCUUGGUCUGCUCGAAAGGAGGUCCUGGCCUGGGGUGCCGCUGGUAGGCUCAGAGUACGGACCAUAAAUAGCGGCGUUGUGAGCUGGUCAUCCUUCAGGGUGCCCGAUGAUCACCGUCAAGAACUGGAUAUCUUAGAUGUCAGGCUUUUGUUACCGGAUCAACAUGAAAACCCGGAUGGGGAGACUAUGGUUCUGCGGAAAGCGAACGGUGAAGUCAUGAAGGUCGAAUCUACGUCUAUUGCAAACGAAUUCGUGCAAGGCUCGCGGUACCUGACCGGAUCCAUCAAUAUCAACUGCAUGGAUGUCAGCAAGAAUGCAAACCCUUUGCUGGCCAUAUGCGACGCUGAAUCAGUUCGACUAUUUUCAGUCAGAAACCCCGACAAAUUCGUAAAAUCAAGUGACACGAUACCGGCUCAAGACGUUACGAAAGGACAACAGCGGAAGAGAGUCACGAAAUUCCUUUCUGAUACCACUCUGGCGGUAGCAUCACAAUUCCUCCAAGGCCGCGACCAGGGCCCGAUCAAUAUCUACGACGUCACUCCCACAGGCUUAUCAACCUCACCACUAGUACACAGCGUCGGUGCCACCACUUUUGGCCGACACAACGCCAAUGUAAUUGCUCCACUGGAUCACAUUAGCUACACAACCAGCAGUCGGCCAGGCGAGUUAUUUCUCUCCGGAUGGACCGAUGGCAGCACCCGACUCCACGACCUACGCCUCCCCGACAAGCUCGUCGCAACAUACACCGAUGUCGUUGACGACGGACAGAUCCUCUCGCUGAUACCCAUCGGGCACGAACGCUUUGUCGCCGGAAGCCAUCAAAACGGGUGCAUCAAGACGUUCGACCUCCGCAUGUCAGGCGCUCGAGCAUACUCGUACACCAGCAACCACCAACACAACUUACGAGCCCCUCCAUCCCAUUCCACAAAAAGCACAGCGUACGACCCCACUACACAAACAUUCCACACCUCACAUACGCAGCGAGACAUCAACAUCUUCCUCACACCGAUGGUCAGCUACCGCGACCGGCUCUGGGAGCCGCUGGCACGGCAGCCGAACCGGCGCGCGGAACGGUACCGGGGCUCGAUCUACUCGCUGUCCAGUCCGUCUCCGUCUUCGCCGACCAUCUACGCCGGCAUCGCGAACCACGUCAUCCAGCUCGAUUUCCUGUCCACUGACGAUAUCAGGGCCGGCUCGCCUGCCGUAGCCAUGGUUGAUCCGACGUUAUCUCCGCACGGCAGUGAAGGGAAAUCCCAUAACCACCACCACAGCCAUAACAAUCACCAUGUAAUGAACCUGUCAUGCUACGAGCGACCGCGCAAAGAGCAUGAGAGCACCGAUCCAAUUCUCUUACGCAAGCAGACAUCCCUAACCACAGGGCAUAGUCGCAGGGACAGCGUGGGGAGCAGUAGCAAUGCUACCACCAACACUAACACCAACACCAACACCAACACCAACAAUAGGACACGACGCAACAGCAAAACUCAACAGCCGUGCGACGACGAGCUCAGCAGUGGCAACUUGCAAGCCGAAGACGGGUGGGACGAGCGGUGGCGCCUCGAAGUCUACGAUCGAGCGAAUGGGGCUCUUGGGCGGCGUCACAAUUGGGCGCGUGGGUGA